AUGAUGAUAUUCGUCGUCAGUAGUCAGGCAACCGCAAUCAACAAACGUCAUCCAUAUGAAGUUAGUAAGAGUUCAAGUCAUUCAGAACAUCAAGAACAUAGUGAAAGUGAUUCAAGCUCUAUUAAAGUUAAACAAGAUGGUAAUGGAAAAAAACAAGUCGAUGCCGAUCAAAAACAUACCGAACAUGAUGCCAAUAGUGUAAGCGAUAAAGAUUCUUUACACAUUAAAGGCGGUAAAGGCAAAGAACUCGAUGCCAAACAUGAAUAUAGUGAAAGCAACAGUCAUGAUGAAUCUGAUGAAAACAAGUUACACUAUAAGCAGGGUCAUGGUAAUAAAGAACUCGAUGCCAGCAGCAAACAUAGUGAAAGCGAUAGCCAUAAAGCUAGUGAAAAUGACAGUUUACACAUUAAGAAUGGUCAUGGUAAAGAAUUCGAUGCCAGCCAUAAAUACAGUGAAAGCGAUAAGCAUAAAGAAAGUGAAGACGACAGUUUACACAUUAAGAGUGGUCAUGGUAAUAAAGAAUUCGAUGCCAGUCAUAAAUCUAGUGAAAGCGAUAGUCAUAAAGCCAGUGAAAAUGACAGUUUACACAUUAAGAAUGGUCAUGGUAAAGAAUUCGAUGCCAGCCAUAAAUACAGUGAAAGUGAUAAGCAUAAAGAAAGUGAAGACGACAGUUUACACUUUAAGAGUGGUCAUGAAUUCGACGCCAGCCGUAAAUACAGUGAAAGCGAUAAGCAUAAAGAAAGUGAAGACAACAGUUUACACUUUAAGAGUGGUCAUGGUAAUAAAGAAUUCGACGGCCAACAUAAACACACUGAAAGCGAUAGCUAUGAUGAAAACGAUGAAGGUAGUAUCCACUUUAAGAGCGGUCAUGAAUUUGACGGCAAACAUAAACACACUGAAAGCGAUGGCCAUGAUGAAAGCGAUGAAAGUAAUUUCCACUUUAAGAGCGGUCAUGGUAAAGAAUUCGACGGCAAACAUAAACACACUGAAAGCGAUGGCCAUGAUGAAAGCGAUGAAAGUAAUUUCCACUUAAAGAGCGGUCAUGGUGACGGUGACAAUGGUAAAUUCGAUGGCCACUUCCAAUCUGGUGAACAUGGUGAACAUGGUGAAAGCCAUAAAGUAACCAUUAAGAAAAAUGGUCAUGGUUCUAAUGGAAAACAUGAACACGGAUGGGAAGAACAAGGAUGGGAAGAACACAAAACUGUCAAUGGUAAAGAAAUUGUAAACAAACACGGAUGGCAAAAACACGGAUGGAAUAAACAUGGUAAUGGUCUCAAACACGGUGAAAGUCACAGACACGGUGAUGGUAAAUUUGUUGUUCACAAGAACGGUCAUGGUAAAGUCUCUGUUCACAAACAUCAUGGAAAACAUUGGUGGGGACAUAAAAACUGGUGGAAAAAACAACAAAAAUCUCUUAAAUUCCGAAGCAACCAAUGGUUUGAAUACUGGUGGAACCAAUGUGAAUCUAAGGGCGCUGACUGGUGGACCAACUGGUACAAUAAAUACGCUAAAGAUAAUGAAGAUGGAAAAGACAAAGAUGCAACAUGCCAACAUACUAAGGAAUGGUGGGGACACUGGUGGAAACAAUACGGUUGGAAAAAACAAUUUGCUGAUGGAGAUUGCGAUUAUAGCGGCUUUUCCGUAUCCUCUCACAAAUCCUCUCACAAAUCCUCUCACAAAUCCUCUCACAAAUCCUCUCACAAAUCAAUCUCCUCACAUAAAUCAUCCUCACGUGAAGAAUUAUGCUCUGAUGACAAAUGGUUUGAAUCCUGGUGGGAAGAAUGUCAAUCCAAAGCCCCUACAUGGUGGGAUACCUUGUACAAUAAAUACGCUAAGGAUAAUGAGGAUGGUAAAGAUUUAGACUCUAGAUAUCAUCACACUGAAGGUUGGUGGAAAAAUUGGUGGAAAGUAGAAGGAUGGAAGAAAAACUUUGCUGAAGAAGAUUGUGAUGCCGAUUGGUUCAAAUCCGAAGAAGAAUUUCACUCAUCUAAAGAAUCUCACUCAUCCCACUCAACCAAAGAAUCUCACUCAUCUCACUCAUCCAAAGAAUCAUUCUCCUCAAAUAAACAAAUAGUCACUGAUGACAAAUGGUUUGAAUCCUGGUGGGAAGAAUGUCAAUCCAAAGACUCUGCAUGGUGGAAUACCUGGUACAAUAAAUACGCUAAGGAUGGUGAUGAUGGUAAAGAUUUAGACUCUAAAUAUCAUCACACUGAAGAUUGGUGGAAAAAUUGGUGGAAAGAAGAAGGCUGGAAGAAAAACUUUGAUGCUGAAGAUUGUGAAGACUUUGAUAUAUAUAUGGAAGAUUGUGAAGAAUAUAAGACUACACAAUUUUUUGAUGCCUGGUGGAGCAAAUUCGAAUCAAAAGACUCUUCAUGGUGGGAAAGUUGGUGGAAGAAAUAUGCAUGUGACAAUGAUGAUGGCAAAGAUUUAGAUCCUAAAUACCACCACACUAAAGAAUGGUGGGGACGCUGGUGGAGUCAAUAUGGUUGGGAAGUAGAUUUUGAUGAUAGUGAUUGUGAUGAAUUUAAGAAUCUUGUACCCACAAAAACCCAAGGUCCCAAAGAAGUCCCCCACCCCGGAAAUCACAGUAAACGUGACUUCGUGAUUAAAAGAAUCUUAGGAUCCAAAAGUUUAAAAUCAAGAUCCCAAUAA